CGGACUUGAAACUUUUAUAGAAAGUUUGAUAAACCAAAAAGAUUUCCUAAUUGAGAAGAGUAUCCUACAGCAGUGACGGCUGAAAUAGUCGAUGUUAACAUGAACUCGUUGGACGGCACGACGGGAAAGCCAUUAGACGUUGAUUUGCCACCAACUCUGCCGAUGAUCUUCGGUACGGAAAAUUCAACAUCGGUUUCAGCGCAAUCAGGAUCCACAGCCCUAAUGCCCUGCGUUGUCCACAAUCUAGGAGAGGGCACGGUAUCGUGGAUCAAGCGAAAGAACUUACUGUUACAUGAACUACUGACCGUAGGACUGACGACAUACGCCAACGAUGAACGGUUUCAGGCAAUUCAUUUUCACCACAGCGAAGAUUGGACGCUUCAAAUAAAAUACGUCCAACCGAGGGAUGCCGGACUGUAUGAAUGCCAAGUGUCCACUCAUCCGCCCACGAGUAUAUUUCUGCUCCUUGACGUCGUCGAAGCAAGAGCGGAGAUAGUUGGCCCAGCGGAAAAAUUUGUGAGGCCCGGUAGCACGUUGCAACUCCAUUGUCUGGUAAAGAAGUCCACGGAAGUACCGUCAUAUCUCUUCUGGUAUCACAACUUCCGUAUGAUUAAUUAUGACGUUGAUCAAGGCGUCAACGUUAGCACUGAUCUCGUUGGUCGGGAGAGCUGGUUGGAGGUACCAAAAGCGUCGGAUCGUCACUCGGGCAACUACACUUGCGAGGCUAGCAAUGCCCAGCCGGCGCGCGUCUUGGUGCACGUUUUCAAGGGUGACAAUCCGGCCGCCAUGCAACAUAGCAUGGCGUCAUCGCCGUCAGUGAUGGCCUGCACCGCGUUACUCACCAUGUUUGUCACGCUCAAGCUAGCUUUGCAGACGAACUGGAGUUUAUGACGUGCAUAAGUGCAAGACUCGCGAAAACCCGGAGUGCGUUAGCGAAAUUGUGUAACAUUGUCAUUUAUUGUGUCGCGUGAUAUCCAUAUUCAUGCUAAGAUGUGCUCUAGUUACAAUCGCCAAAGUUAGAACGGCAACAUGAUUAUGGUGGUUCCAAUUAAAGAUUCAUCGUUGUUAUCGGAAUGGUUACUGGAACAUUUGAAGCUGCAAGAUUGGCUGUGAUUGAUACUAUUUAUUCGACGAUUAACUUUCCGCUCUACGCUGCCGGACAAAGUAGUACUGAAAGAUCAGCUGUGAUUAUUUGUGUCGCGAGGCAAAUAUCUAUUUAAUCCAUUAUGUAUAUGUACAUCUAAUCAUAGAGUUCAGGAAGGAAUAAGCAACAACGUAAUAUGUUAAUGCAAAGCAGGAUAAUUAUAACCAUCAUUGUGGGAUUAGUAGUGAUCUAUCAUCGUAUGAUCGAUGAUCCGUGUACCGAAAAUUUUUAAUCAGGAAACAGUGUAUCCAACAAAGACCAAUAUAAUAAAAGUAUAAUGGUAGUACAUCUUGUUUGCGCAUGUAUUUGAACGACAAUUUGUCGGACAAAAGAAGUUGAAUGCUAGUCUGGAAUAAAGUGUCACCAUAAUUUUCAUAUGAGUUACAUAUUAUUAUAUCAUCCAUUCUUCUGUCAACCGAUUACUUACAUUCCGUGUUACAUGUUGAAACGAGAAAUAAUAUUAGGUUGCAAUGCAAAAGCGGAGGAUAUUAUGAAACGCGCAAGAUUAACUCACAUUAAGAUUAUAUUCACAAUCGUCUGUACUCGUAUGCUUGCGAUGGAAAUAGACGAAGACAAAUUUGUCAAUCCGAGUAGUAUGAAGAGUUCGACGUAUCAUUUUGAUGAAUCGGAACUUCUAUGAGCCCGUGAAUGUGAAUGUGAUAUGUGAAUGUCAGUUAAAGAGACUCCGUGCGAGAUUUAUUUACCCGUUCGUAUUUUGUGGAACAACGUGAUAUGUAUGUAAUUUAGUGUUUAAAUCGAUAAAAAAAAUUAUGCAUGUAACAGAUACUCCAUCAUGCGUCCGUCCUAUUUGUGACGCACAGGAAAGCAAGACCGAUAGCCUGGAUCAAAGCUGUCCGCGAUGCAUCAAAUCGCGAUGCAUAAGCAGCAGCGAUUGCCACGACGAUGCAAGGCUCAACUACAUCUAGCUUCGUUGA